UUCUGUUGGGUUUAAGACUUUGAAGAACUGGCUAAAAUGAUAGAAAAAAUACUAUUUUAGAAGGUUGAAGUACACUUUUAUAAUUUGAAAAAUAUCACAAGCCAAAUGAGCCUUACAGCUGUUGUGGUCAAAGAAAAUUAAACCGUGUUAAGAAGCUAAGCAAACAAAAAGCAACGCACAAACAAUAUUUAAUCGAGCCGCAGGCAAAUUUGAUAGCCGAGAGUGGAGCAGGGCUAAGUAAGGUCGCUCGCGGGGACUCGCGUGGAGAGAUGCACUUAAGCCAGGCCACGAGGCCAACGUUGGUGCUCCUGGCUGGGGAAAGUGGCAAGGCAACGGCAAGUUGAUGUUGCUGCCGUCUUGGCAUCUAAUUGGGGCCCUCCUAGUGCUCACGGCAACAGCGGGGGACUCCACCAACAAGAUCAUCUUGCCGCAGAUACUCAACGGCAGCGUCGGCGGCGGCAGCGGCGCCUACGGCGCCAGCAGCAAGCAUCUCAGUGGCAGCAAAUCAGCGGCACCCGCAACUGGCAGCGGUGGCGCCACCGCCAAUGGCAACACCGUUCUAAGCAGCAAUGGUGUAAUUGUCGCCGGCGGUAUGCCCAAUGUGCCAACAUCGAAUUUAAAUACUGUUGUUGAAGAACCCGAAUUUACUGAAUACAUCGAAAAUGUAACUGUACCUGCUGGACGAAAUGUCAAAUUGGGUUGCUCGGUUAAAAAUCUUGGCUCAUACAAGGUCGCUUGGAUGCACUUUGAACAAUCAGCCAUACUCACCGUGCACAAUCACGUGAUCACGCGCAAUCCACGCAUCAGUGUCACGCACGACAAGCACGACAGACAUCGCACCUGGUACCUGCACAUCAAUAAUGUGCACGAGGAGGACAAGGGGAGAUACAUGUGCCAGAUCAAUACGGUGACGGCCAAAACCCAGUUCGGCUAUCUGAAUGUUGUGGUGCCACCAAAUAUAGAUGAUUCGCUGAGUUCCAGCGAUGUCAUCGUACGCGAGGGCGCCAACAUUUCGCUGCGAUGCCGGGCCAGUGGCAGUCCCCGACCCAUUAUCAAAUGGAAACGUGAUGAUAAUUCGCGCAUAGCCAUCAAUAAGAAUCACAUAGUGAAUGAAUGGGAGGGCGACACGCUGGAGAUAACCCGCAUCUCACGCCUGGACAUGGGCGCCUAUCUCUGCAUUGCAUCCAAUGGCGUACCCCCAACGGUUUCCAAGCGCAUCAAAGUCAGCGUGGACUUUCCGCCCAUGUUGCUCAUUCCACAUCAGUUGGUUGGCGCUCCCGAAGGUUUCAAUGUUACCAUCGAAUGUUUUACGGAGGCACAUCCGACAUCCUUGAAUUACUGGACACGCGGCGAGGGACCAAUCAUACAUGAUUCGUAUAAAUACAAAGUCGAAUCAAGCGUCGGCGUGCCCGCUUACAAAACGCACAUGAAGCUGACUAUUAUAAAUGUCGGCAGCGGCGAUGAUGGCAUCUAUAAAUGCGUGGCCAAGAAUCCCAGAGGCGAAACUGAUGGCAUUAUACGAUUAUAUGUUUCUUAUCCGCCAACGACUGCCUCUUCGGGUCUCUACACAAGCGAGUCGCAUUGGGGCGAGGGCGGCAGCAAUAAUAUCGGCUAUGGCAAUUCCGAUGCCACGCGCUCCAAUUACGGUCAGGAUAAAAAUACGCGUUAUCAAUCGAAUUUGAAUGAAAUCGGUUUAUCAGAACAAAAAUCCUUCCUAGAUAAAACGCAAAGUGCGGUAACCGGAAAUGGCAAUUCCCCUGGCGCCGCCGUCGUCAGCAGCGCCGACAGCGACGCCAACUGCGCUGUCGCCAUUGCGUGGCUUGCUCUGCUGCCAACAUUGUUAAUAAUGGUGCGCGGAGAGGUUUGUGCAAGUCUUAGUUUAAGUAUAUGUUAACUUUGAGCUACAUAUCUAGUUGAUGUAAGGCUUUCAUCUAGCAUAUUUAUGAUAUAUAGAUAUAUAUACACUAUAUAAUACAAGCUACUCGUAUAGCCCCAAGUCAACAAGACCCUAGUUAUGAUCCGCCCCCGAAACGAAGUACGCAACAAAGCCAAAUAGAGCUUGCUGCUAAAAUAAUGUGGCAACCCUGUGCGUGAACC